GUCGAGACGUGCGACGUCCCCUUGCGUACCCCCGAUUCGAGGCGCAGCCGCUGCUCACACCGGCACAGUGUCAAAAAAUCCGGCGCCGUGCAGCGUCCGAGCUGCAGUUCACGGAAGCCACGGUCGGCAGUGGGUCCGUGGGCUCCCAUGGCGUGAAAGCCCAGCGUGGGUCGCGUCGUGCGAAAUUUGCUGGAGUACCGAAAACGAGCUUCUUCUACAGCCAAGUCUACCAGCUUCUAUGGGACCAAAUCAACGCCACCAAUGAGAAGCUGUGGCGGUUUGCUGUCGCGCCAGGAACGAUGGAGUUCAUGCAGUAUUCCAUCUACGCUGCAUCUGACUUGG